AUGCCCCCGCCAGAGUAUCACUUCUUAGGUGAAAGACAUGAUCCAGAACACCCGGAUAAUACUUCCCCAUGCAAGCGAUGGACUUUCCUUUGUUCCAAUGUCUACUUGGCCAUCAUUCAUACGAUUCUACUCACACUCUCAUUAUCCUUUUUCCUAAGUAUCCGACACAACACGACAGAGUCAACGACGAAUACCCAGUGCGCCCAACCACUCUCACUGGAAGGAUUAUCCGGACCAGACUCUCUAGAUCGCUGCCUCGUCCAGCGCUUCUCAAACGACCCGCAUUCCGUAUUUCGGGGCCCGCCGAGCAAUGAAACCGACGAGGCGUGGGAUCGGAUAGUCAAAGUCGGUCCAUUCAACAUCCCCAUAGCCAACGCCGACCCUGGAAUUCCAUCAAACAGCCCAAUAGAGCCUCACCUAGCCAACCUAGGCGUCUUCCACCAGUUACACUGCCUUAAAGCCCUCUGGCAACACACUUACCUCGACUACUACGCGCCCCGCAACCCUAUCUUCAGCAAAUCCGACCUUGAAAUCCACAACCACCUCGACCACUGCACCGACUACCUCCGCCAAGCCCUAACCUGCCACUCCGACACCAGCAUCAUAACCUUCCAUUCCACCCCCGGCCACUCCCUCCCCACACCAUCGUAUGAACUGCCUCGCACGUGCAGAGACUUCGAGGCUCUCCGGGCGUGGGUCGUGGAACAUGAAGCGGCUCUAUGGGUUAGGUCAGCAUUACUUCCCUCGCCGAGCCAUUCCCUCUCUGUGGAGCGAAGUAUAACUAGUGCUUAUGGCUGA